AUGGCGUCUAGACCUUCAAGAGGUAGUGAAGUUGACAUGAGUCGGAUGGAAUUGAAGGGAGCUAAAAAGGAGGAGACAGUAAAGGAAGCAAUUCCUAAGGAUAUAAUCUUUGAUAUUCUAUUGUCUCUGCCUCCUAACACUCUAAUUCGUUCUGAUUUUAGUCGAAGCCACCUUGCCAUUGGUAAUCAUCAAAAUCUUGUUGCAUUGUUGGAUAAUUUUGAAUUCAUUAACCCUGAUGGUUCUCAGGGUGAGUUAGCAAUUCAGCCUGAUUUUGAUUUGGAUGAUAUUGAAGUCUGUUCUUGUAAUGGCUUGUUAUGUUUACUUUUCAAGAAUGGAACAUUUGCACUGUGGAAUCCAGCUAUAAGAGAGUAUAAAUAUUGCAUCACCGGGGCAUAUACAAGAUUCAAAUUCACCGUGGCAGGAACCACUUGGGAGAUAUAUUCUUUAAGGAGUAAUUCCUGGAAGCAUAUGCCGACUCUCCCUUGGAAUUUUAUGAUGUUGUCGCGCCAAGUGGGGUUCUUCGUGGACGGGAACCUUCAUUGGAAGGUUCCUUACGUGAAAGCUUAUGAAUCAAGUGAAGAAGGAUUUGAGUUUGAUGUGGGAAACUUAAUGGAAUACAUCCUUAUCAUGAAUUUGAUCCAUUGUGAUUCACAAAACACGAAUCUUCCUUUCAGUUUUAGUUUGUUCAAUUUGCCUGCUGAUAUAAGGAAUACACAUCCUGUAUUUGAGUUGGGGGUUUUUAAAGGAUGCAUUUGUUUGGUUCAUUACCAUGUCAAAGGGCGUAAACCAGAGUUAAAUAAAGUUGAAGAUCAUACCAUUGAUAUUUGGACGCCCGAGUUAGAUGCAGCUGAGGAGAAAACUAAUUGGACUAAGCUGAUCACUAUUCCGAAAUUAUAUGAUUUGCCCCCUGGUCAAUACGCACCUGUGUGUACCAUCAACAAUGGAGAACUCCUGUUGAACGUGACGGUGAAGCGGGGGAACAAGUUAUAUUUAUUCAACCCGGAAGAGAAGCUGUGCUCGGUGAGGGAUUUUGAUAACAAAACAAGAUAUUUUCAUAAAGUUAUCACUUAUGCUGAAACUCUACUUUCACCAAAUGCCAUUACUAUCACUGGCGAGGAAGACAGUGAAGAUGAAUAUAUUGUUGCUGUGUUCUGCUAUCGGUAUAAGAACUCUAGUGUUGGUUUUGCGUACGAAUAUAGUUCAAGUUUGUAUACUGAGGUACCCUGA